CAAAAGAAAAAGAUUUUACAGCCUUGUCUCAUUCUGCUAAUCUUCUAAAGUUAAUCUUUAGAUUUUUAAAUAGUCAAAUGUCCAAUCGUUAAUAAUAAUGACUUAAUCACAACAAGGACAUUUUAAUUAACCCAAAAACGUUUGAAUAAAGUGCCUAAACCAGUAAAGGUUUGGAGCUUAAUCGAAAUAUCUACACAUGUUGAAUGUUACCGACUGAUAGUUUACAAAUGACAGGUUCUUACAGAGCUGAGGCAUGAAGUUCCGUUUACCAAUUCUGAUUAGUUUGUAUUGAAUAUACAGACCGUACGAUAUUUUAUAAAAUCAAAGAACGAAGAAGAAUAACGUAUCAAGAUAAAUUCAAUGUGAUAAAAUCAUUUGAUUUCCGAUAUUUCUUAAAAAGCUUAAAAUUUGUGACUCCACUGACACUUGAGCAUUUUAGGUUAUAUUAAUGUAAAAACUAUAUUGAACGUAGUGAAACCCAGUUUAUGGAAUUUCUUAAGUGUGUUUUGUCAAGCGAUUAAUAACUGUCAUAAUAAUAUUGUACAAUAUGAGUGAAGAAAAUACUGUUCCAACUGACAAAGUACCUGAACUUGUGAAAAACGCUGUACUUCUACAUAGCUCGACUCUACCGGCUGGUACUCCUACUGUCGUAGGUUACGACUGGAACCGUGGAAUCGAUUAUCAUGCUCUUUUGCAAAGCUACAAAUAUUCCGGAUUUCAAGCCACUAACUUCGGUUUGGCUGUGGCGGAAAUUCGAAAAAUGUUGGAAGCCCAAAAAAUUCCUCUAGCCAAAGAUCAGGUGGAUUCGAUGGAGGAUGACGAGUUUAUAAAACGAAAGAGUAGUUGUACCAUAUUCUUGGGCUACACGUCAAACAUGGCGUCCUGCGGGAUCAGGGACACCAUAAGAUUUUUAGUUCAACAUAAAAUGAUCGACUGUAUCGUAACGACUGCUGGUGGCGUAGAAGAAGAUUUAAUAAAAUGCUUAGCACCUACUUACGUCGGCGAUUUCAAUUUAGAAGGACGACGUCUAAGAGAAAAGGGAAUUAAUCGUAUAGGAAAUUUAUUAGUGCCAAAUGAUAAUUAUUGUUUAUUCGAAGAUUGGGUAAUGCCAAAGCUGGAUGCAAUGUUGACUGAACAGAAGGAAAAGGGUACUCUUUGGACACCAUCAAAAAUAGUUACAAGACUCGGAGAAGAAAUUGGAAAUCCGGAAUCAAUUUAUUACUGGGCAGCCAAAAACAAAAUCCCUGUUUUUAGCCCAGCAUUAACUGAUGGUAGUCUAGGAGACAUGAUGUAUUUUCAUUCUUACAGAAAUCCUGGACUAGUUGUCGAUAUUGUAUCAGAUCUAAAACGACUGAAUACAAUGGCAAUGAAAGCCAUAAACAGUGGUAUGAUCAUUGUCGGAGGUGGUGUCAUCAAGCAUCACAUAUGCAAUGCCAAUUUAAUGAGAAAUGGAGCUGAUUUUUCAGUAUUCCUAAACACAUCCUCUGAGUACGAUGGCAGUGAUAGUGGAGCACGACCGGACGAAGCAAUUUCUUGGGGUAAAAUACGCAAAGACGCUGCACCGGUAAAAAUUUACGCCGAAGCAUCCCUUGUUUUUCCACUGCUGGUAGGCGAGACUUUUGCACGACAGUAUCACUCCUCAAAGGAACGCACCGUGUCAGACGUUUAAACGUAAUAAAUUAUCUUUCUUCUUGGACA